AGUUCCAGACUGGGGAGGCGGCGCGUGCGAAUGUUAGGUGUUUAGUUUGUAUGAAGCCGAAGGCGCCUUUAGCCUCAUAACAGUAUUGAUCCGUAAAUUGGGUCUGUUAAGCCGACAGUAUUUUGAUGACAUUCAUCAGCAACGUUUGCCAAGUCAAUUCAGCCGCUAAUUUAAGAGAAACGCGCCGUUAACACCGGGCCGCAUCAUCUGUGGACAAUGAGAAAGCUUGCUCUGCUCCUGAUAGUGCUACUCGGCGUUGCACUUUUUGCAACUGUCAGCAGGUGCGAAGAUGAUGUUACCGAGGACAAGGAGGAGGCUGAUGAAGAAGACAGUGAUGAUGAGGAUGAUGACGAUGAUGAUGGUGAUGAUGAUGAUGAUGACACAGAGGUGAAGGAAGAGAACGGAGUGGUGAUCCUCACCGACAGCAACUACGACACUUUCAUCAACGGCAAAGACACAGUGUUGAUUGAGUUUUACGCUCCAUGGUGUGGCCACUGCAAAAAGUUUGCCCCGGAAUAUGAGAAAAUCGCUCAGACUCUAAAGGAGAACGACCCACCUAUAUCUGUCGCUAAAGUAGAUGCAACAGUCGCCACUGACUUGGCCAGUAGGUUUGAAGUGUCAGGAUAUCCCACCAUCAAGAUCUUAAAGAAUGGGGAGCCUGUGGACUACGAUGGGGACAGAACCGAAAGUGCCAUUGUGGAGCGGGUGAAGGAGGUCGCCCAACCAGAUUGGAAGCCCCCUCCUGAGGCCACUCUGGUUCUGACCAAAGAAUUUGAUGAGACCGUUAACAACGCAGACAUCAUCCUAGUGGAGUUCUAUGCUCCUUGGUGUGGACACUGUAAGCGUUUAGCUCCAGAAUACGAGAAGGCCGCCAAAGAGUUGAGCCAGCGUUCUCCUCCCAUCCCCCUUGCUAAGGUGGAUGCCACAGUGGAGAAUGACAUCGCCUCACGAUUUGAAGUUACAGGCUAUCCCACCCUCAAGAUCUUCAGGAAAGGAAAGGUUUUUGACUACAACGGACCCAGAGAGAAAUACGGUAUUGUUGACUACAUGGGUGAGCAGGCCGGACCUCCUUCCAAGCAGGUCCAGGCUGUAAAGCAGGUGCAGGAGCUCAUAAAGGAUGGUGAUGAUGCUGUCAUAGUUGGUGUGUUCUCUACUGAGCAAGAUGCAGCUUUUGAGAUCUACAUUGAGGCCUGUAAUGCACUGAGGGAGGACUUCACCUUCCGUCACACCUUCAGCACUGAAGUGGCCAAAAUGCUGAAGGCUUCACCUGGUCAGGUUGUCAUCGUUCAGCCAGAGAAGUUCCGCUCCAAGUAUGAAAAAGCAUCAAACACUCUCACAGUGAAGGAUUCAACAUCUGUGUCAGAAGUGCAGGAGUUUUUCAAAAAGCAUGUGGUUCCUCUGGUGGGCCACAGGAAGCCCAGCAAUGAUGCUAAACGGUACACGAAAAGGCCUCUGGUGGUUGUGUACUAUGGGGUUGACUUCAGCUUUGACUACAGGAAAGCUACUCAGUUCUGGAGGUCCAAGGUGCUGGAGGUGGCCAAGGACUUCCCAGAGUAUGCCUUCGCCAUCGCUGAUGAGGAGGACUACGCAGAUGAGCUGAAGAGCCUGGGUCUGAGUGAGAGUGGGGAGGAAGUAAAUGUGGGAAUUCUGGGAGACGGAGGAAAAAAGUUUGCCAUGGAGCCUGAGGAGCUGGACUCGGAGGUGCUGCGAGACUUUGUUGUGGCCUUUAAGAAAGGGAAGCUGAAGCCCAUCAUCAAGUCCCAGCCUGUGCCAAAGAAUAACAAAGGACCAGUAAAGGUUGUAGUAGGAAAGACCUUUGAUGAGAUCGUCAUGGAUACUCAGAAGGACGUCCUGAUUGAGUUUUAUGCUCCCUGGUGCGGCCACUGUAAGAAGAUGGAGCCUGACUACCUGUCUCUGGGCAAGAUGUACAAGGGGGAGAAGAACCUCGUUAUUGCCAAGAUGGACGCCACAGCCAAUGAUGUGCCAAACGACAGCUAUAAAGUGGAAGGCUUCCCCACGAUAUACUUUUCUCCAAGCAACAACAAGCAGAACCCUGUCAAAUUUGAAGGCGGAGACAGAACAGUCGAGGGGCUUAGCAAGUUUGUAGAAAAGCACGCCACAAAGCUGUCACAGACGAGAGACGAACUUUGAAAACAUCUCUCGACAAGUGGUUAAGAACUCAUUCCAUGCUCGAGCAGAGUCUGAGGAGGUGAAGGGAGUUUUUUGGUGUUACUGAGUUGCUGCGAUGAUUAGUGUUCAAUCAUCAUUUUAGUUUCUGUUCAUUCCAAGAGAUUCUGCUUCCUUCUGUUUGUCAAAGCAUGUAAGCACUGUUGAAGAUUUAAGUCUUUUUAAAUAAAUGAAAAAUGGUGGCGGCUUUGUGGGCCUGCACUUA